GCCCCUGGUGCCACCAUAGCUACUGCUGCGGCUGCCGCGGCGGAGCUGAAACGGUCGAUCGCGAUGCCCGAGGGCUCUGUGAGCUGGGUCCCGAGCGAACGGGGGCGCUGACGAGUAGUAGGGGUUUCUAGAGUGGGCGGUGGACUGUGGGGUGGGUGGGCUGACAACGAGCUCCCAGGACUGGGGUGUGGGAGGGAGGCUCUCGCAUUGGAUCGGGCCAGCGCGAGCCCGGCGGCCACCGCGGUGCUUCGGCCCCUUGCCCGGUGGCUUCGGAGGCCUCCUCCCUUGGACACCGCAGUUACCAUGGGAACACUUGGGCUGUAACCAGCGCCAGACUGGUCACUAGCCCAUCCCGUUCUUCAGUUAAACGCCUCUGGCUGGCGUGGGCCUGACAUUUUUUCACUCCAGGGGUCGUACUCACCCUGUAAAAAAAUCUAGCAAGAUAGUGUGGGGAUGGGGAGUGGGAAAGCACAGGGCAAUGCCCAGAGUAAGAGUUAGUGACAAGCAGAAGACACCUACUGUGAUGAUAAGGUUGCUUCUGCCAUCUCAAGCCAGUGUAAGUGAAUAUCCGAAGGCCGUGUUGAGCGAGAAGGCAGUACCGCUGUUGAGACAAGUCCUAAGGCCAGGCCAGGGACUGUCCUUAGGGGUUCCUCGUUAUGAUGGCUGGAGAAGGAUCAACCAUUACAAGCCGCAUCAAGAACUUGCUGCGGUCUCCAUCCAUCAAAUUACGCAGAAGUAAAGCAGGAAACCGGAGAGAGGAUCUCAGCUCCAAGGUGACCUUGGAGAAGGUACUGGGAGUAACUGUAUCUGGAGGCAGAGGACUUGCUUGUGAUCCCCGGUCUGGCUUAGUUGCCUACCCAGCUGGGUGUGUGGUCGUCCUCUUCAAUCCCCGGAAGCACAAACAGCACCACAUCCUCAACAGUUCCAGGAAAACCAUUACUGCCCUUGCCUUUAGCCCUGAUGGCAAGUACUUGGUCACUGGAGAGAGUGGGCACAUGCCUGCCGUUCGGGUUUGGGAUGUGGCUGAACGGAGCCAGGUGGCAGAGCUACAAGAGCAUAAGUAUGGUGUGGCUUGUGUGGCUUUCUCCCCAAGUGCUAAGUACAUUGUGUCUGUGGGUUACCAGCAUGACAUGAUAGUCAACGUGUGGGCCUGGAAGAAAAACAUUGUAGUGGCCUCCAACAAAGUAUCUAGUCGGGUGACAGCAGUGUCAUUUUCCGAAGACUGUAGCUACUUUGUUACUGCAGGCAACCGGCAUAUCAAAUUCUGGUACCUGGAUGACAGUAAGACCUCAAAGGUGAAUGCCACUGUGCCCCUGCUGGGCCGCUCAGGGCUGCUGGGGGAGUUGCGGAACAACCUGUUCACUGAUGUGGCCUGUGGCCGAGGGAAAAAGGCUGACAGCACCUUCUGUAUCACGUCGUCAGGGCUACUGUGCGAGUUCAGCGAUCGCAGGCUUCUGGACAAAUGGGUGGAGCUAAGAAACACAGACAGCUUCACAACCACUGUGGCUCACUGCAUCUCUGUAAGCCAAGAAUACAUCUUCUGUGGCUGCGCUGAUGGCACGGUGCGCCUUUUCAAUCCUUCCAACCUGCACUUCCUCAGUACCCUACCCAGACCCCAUGCCCUGGGAACAGACAUCGCCACCAUCACUGAGGCCAGCCGCCUCUUUUCUGGAGGGGCCAAUGCAAGGUACCCAGACACCAUUGCCUUGACCUUUGAUCCAGCUAAUCAGUGGCUGUCUUGUGUCUACAACGACCACAGCAUCUAUGUUUGGGAUGUGAGGGACCCCAAGAAAGUGGGGAAGGUGUACUCAGCUCUGUAUCAUUCUUCCUGUGUCUGGAGUGUGGAGGUCUACCCUGAGAUCAAGGACAGUAACCAGGCCUGUCUGCCCCCCAGUUCCUUUAUUACUUGCUCCUCAGACAACACCAUCCGCCUGUGGAACACGGAGAGCUCUGGGGUACAUGGCUCUGCGCUGCACCGGAACAUCCUCAGCAAUGAUCUCAUUAAGAUCAUCUAUGUGGAUGGGAACACUCAGGCUUUGUUGGACACUGAGCUGCCUGGAGGGGACAAAGCUGAUGGGUCCCUGAUGGAUCCCCGAGUAGGCAUCCGUUCUGUGUGUAUCAGCCCCAAUGGACAACACCUUGCUUCAGGAGACCGCAUGGGGACACUUAGGGUCCAUGAGCUGCAGUCCCUGAGUGAGCUGCUGAAGGUUGAGGCCCACGACUCUGAGAUCCUGUGCCUGGAGUACUCUAAGCCAGACACGGGUCUGAAACUGCUAGCAUCAGCCAGCCGGGACCGUCUGAUCCAUGUGCUGGAUGCUGGGCGGGAAUAUAGUCUACAGCAGACACUGGACGAGCAUUCAUCCUCCAUCACUGCUGUCAAGUUUGCAGCCAGCGAUGGGCAGGUGCGAAUGAUCAGCUGUGGUGCAGACAAGAGCAUUUACUUCCGGACUGCACAGAAGUCUGGAGAAGGAGUGCAGUUUACACGAACACACCACGUGGUACGGAAGACAACCCUCUACGACAUGGAUGUAGAACCCAGCUGGAAGUACACGGCCAUCGGCUGCCAAGACCGAAAUAUCCGGAUCUUUAACAUUAGCAGCGGGAAGCAGAAAAAGCUGUUUAAAGGGUCACAGGGUGAGGAUGGCACUCUCAUUAAGGUGCAGACAGACCCCUCAGGGAUCUACAUUGCCACUAGCUGUUCCGAUAAGAAUCUCUCCAUUUUUGACUUCUUCUCAGGCGAGUGUGUGGCCACCAUGUUUGGUCACUCAGAGAUUGUCACUGGCAUGAAAUUUAGUAACGACUGCAAACAUCUCAUCUCGGUGUCAGGGGACAGCUGCAUAUUUGUGUGGCGUCUGAGCUCAGAAAUGACCAUCAGCAUGAGGCAGCGCCUGGCUGAGUUGCGCCAGCGCCAGCGAGGGAUCAAGCAGCAAGGACCAACUUCUCCCCAAAAGGCUUCUGGAGCCAAACAGCACCACCCUCCAGUGGUACCCCCUUCUGGACCAGCUCUUUCCUCAGACAGUGACAAGGAGGGAGAAGACGAGGGUACUGAAGAGGAAGAACUGCCAGCUCUGCCCGUCCUGGGCAAGAGCACCAAGAAGGAACUAGCCUCAGGCUCUAGUCCAGCUUUGCUCCGAAGCCUGUCCCACUGGGAAAUGAGUCGGGCACAAGAGACCAUGGAGUUCCUGGGCCCAGCUCCUGCAGCUAACACCGGGCCUAAACGAAGAGGGCGCUGGGCCCAGCCAGGUGUGGAGCUGAGUGUUCGCUCCAUGCUGGACCUGCGACAGCUAGAGACUUUGGCCCCAAGUCCUCGAGGCCCCAGCCAGGACUCACUGGCUGUGUCCCCAACUGGUCCUGGGAAGCAUAGUCCACAGGCCCCUGACCUGUCGUGUGCUAGCCAGAAUGAAAGGGCCCCUCGGCUUCAGGCCUCCCAACCCUGCUCCUGCCCCCACAUUAUCCAAUUGUUGUCACAAGAGGAAGGAGUCUUUGCUCAAGAUCUGGAGUCUGCACCCAUUGAAGAUGGUAUUGUCUACCCGGAACCCAGUGACAGCCCUACCAUGGAUACCAGUGCGUUUCAGGUGCAGGCUCCAACCGGAGGAUCCCUAGGGAGAGUGUACCCAGGCAGCAGGGGCUCAGAAAAGCACAGUCCCGACAGCGCAUGCUCUGUGGAUUACAGCAGCAGCCGACUUUCCAGCCCGGAACACCCAAAUGAAGACUCUGAGAGCACAGAGCCCCUAAGUGUGGAUGGCAUCUCCUCAGACCUGGAAGAGCCAGCCGAGGGCGAGGAAGAAGAGGAAGAAGAGGGAGGCACUGGCCUCUGUGGGCUACAGGAAGGCAGCCCUCAUACACCGGAUCAGGAACAGUUUCUAAAACAGCACUUUGAGACUCUGGCCAAUGGGGCUGCUCCAGGAGGUCCAGCACGGGCUCUAGCGAGGACAGAGUCUCGGAGCAUCUCAUCACGAUUCCUGCUGCAAGUGCAGACCUCCCCACUCAGGGAACCAUCCCUAUCCUCCUCAGGCUUGGCCCUGAUGUCCAGACCUGACCAGGUAUCACAGGUAUCUGGUGAGCAGCUGAAAGGCAGUGGUGCCACUCCCCCGGGAGCACCCCCAGAAAUGGAACCCUCUUCUGGCAACUCUGGCCCCAAGCAGGUGGCUCCUGUGCUGUUGCCACGACGGCGUACCAACCUGGACAACAGCUGGGCCUCCAAGAAAACGGCUGCAACCCGGCCUUUAGCUGGACUCCAGAAAGCCCAGUCUGUGCAUAGUUUGGUACCACAGGAUGAGGUGCCUUCACGUCCACUGCUCUUCCAGGCAGAGGUUCAGGGCAGCUUAGGAUCCCUGCCACAAGCUGAUGGCUGCCCAUCUCAGCCCCACUCCUACCGGAACCCCACCACCAGUUCUGUGGCCAAGCUGGCUCGGAGCAUUUCUGUUGGCGAGAAUCCAGGCCUGGCAGCCGAACCUCAAGCUCCUGCACCGAUCCGAACCUCACCAUUCAACAAACUAGCUCUACCUAGCCGGGCUCACCUUGUCCUGGACAUCCCCAAACCACUUCCUGACCGUCCCGCUCUGACCACGUUCUCACCCGUAUCUAAGGGCCUGGCCCACAGUGAAACCGAACAGUCGGGCCCCUCGGUGAGCCUCGGAAAGGCUCACACUGCACUUGAAAAGCACUCCUGCUUAGGGGAGGGAACUACUCCUAAAUCUAGGACAGAGUGCCAGCCUCAUCCUGGCCCCAGCCACCCCUGUGCCCAGCAACUGCCGGUCAGCAGCCUCCUCCAAGGCCCUGAGAGCAUGCAGCCCCUGUCCCCUGAGAAGACUCGUAAGCCCAUGGAAAGCAGCAGGCCAGGGGCAGCCCUGAGCCAGGACUCAGAACUGGCCUGGAGCCUACAACAAUGUGAACAGCUUGUGGCAGAGCUCCGGGGGAAUGUACGCCAGGCCAUGCAGCUCUACCGCUCGGUGACCAGCUGUAAGACACCUUCAGCAGAGCAAAGUCACAUCACCUGUCUCUUGAGAGACACCUUCUCUUCAGUGCGGCAGGAGCUAGAGGCCCUGGAUGGGGCUGUGCUGUCCAGCCCAGGGGGCAGCCCCGGGGCUGUGGGGGCUGAGCAAACGCAGGCCCUGUUGGAGCAGUACUCAGAGCUCUUGCUCCGAGCUGUGGAACGGCGCAUGGAGCGCAGACUCUGAGUCCCUGAAGUCUGUCCCAAGAGAAGUGCUUGCUCUCCACUCCAGACCGUAGCCCUGCUUCCAUUCGAGAAAACCUGUGAGAAUAUCUGCAGUGGAUAGCAGUGAUCAGUGUUCAGAGGCAAAGCAGCUUCCCCAGAUGCCCUCAUGGGGCCCCUGUAUUUAUUAAUUUAUUUCCCUGACUGUUGCCUCACUUCCUUGGGACUCCUGCCUCUAAAGCCCGUCCUGGGACUCCUAGCAGGGCAGGUCUUGAGUCUAUGUCACCUUGGUGCUGUGAGGGGUAGGAGGGCAGCCUGCCUCAUCUGGGGACAUUGGAAGGGCUGGCCUUCUCCUUAGAAGCCAUUUGAAGUUACUUCAGGGAUGAGCUCCCUGGGGUGGAGCACACACAGGGUACUCUGGGGUAGAGAUGAAAGGUAAUGUGGCUUUAGUAUCCUAAAGCCGACUGUAGACCUUUACCUCCACCUCCACACCAGCUGCACCCCCUGCCUGUCAGAGCAGGGGUGGUUCCCCCCAACUCCCGGCAGUGAGAACUGCCUGGGCUCCAGCGUAGUCCCAGCCACUAGAAGACUUGAGUUGGUAUCAGGAUCUGAACCCCCACAUUCCAAUCCCAUUUUCCCUGCUAGAGAUCCCUAGCAUUUGUCUGCCCCAUCCCUUUUUCCCUGUGUGGAGCUAGUUGUGGGGUUUUGCUGCAGGACAGUAAAGCCCCUCUGCUGGGCAGACACAAGCCUGGCCUACUUUCCUCAGCCCCUUAGGCUUCAUUGUUCUCUAACCCUGGUCUGCAGCAGACUGUUAACGCCUGGGGACCACUUUCUCCUACAUCCUGGGCAGUGGGCAAGCAGAAACCUGUUUUGGGAGUACCCUCAUGGUUUACAGGGCACUGGCCCACCUUCCUAGAACCUUGGCUAUACACACACAGACAUACAGACACAGACACACACACACACACACACACACACACACACACACACACACACGGUAUGCACAGCUGAGUGCUUAUUGUUAGAACGCUUGCCUGGCUGGUAAUGCACCUGGUUUCCUCACAUGUUUGCCUCAGCUUUACUAGUCUGGAUUAAUUCGAUUUCUGAUCCAAUAACAUAAAAAGGAAUGGAAACACUAAA